CUGCAGCCUGCCUGCCUCGCCCGGCUCCUCCGCGGUGCAACUUCGGCCGGGCAUGCCAAAUGUAUGUCCGGAACAAGAAGUGGCGAUGGUGGCCCAUCAGCAGCCAUGUGUACAAGCCUUCACCCGUUUUGUGAAAACAUGGAAGCAGGAUUGUGGGGCCCAGAGGUGGUGCGUGAGCCAUGAGAGAAGAACUGGCUACUACACCAUCUAUAAGCAAGUGUACAGCAUGGAGCAUCACACUGUCUUUAAGUGUUGUCCUGGCUGGGGCAGGAAAAAGGAUGAUGAACCUGGAUGCCUACAUGCUUUGUGCUCUGUCAGAACUUGCUUCAACGGAGGGAAAUGCUAUGGCGGAACGUCUCAGAUGUGCCAGUGUCCAGAGGGAUUUCAGGGCCUGCGGUGCCAGUAUGACGUAAACGAAUGUGCUGUUGAGAACGGAGGCUGUCAGGGGCAGUGCUGCAAUACAGUUGGCAGCUACUAUUGCAAAUGUCCAGCGGGCCAAAAACUGGCAGAAGACAAGAAAUCCUGUGAAGAUAUCGAUGAAUGUGCAGUAAGAAAUGGAGGUUGCCAGCAGAAUUGUAUUAACACCGCGGGGUCCUACCGCUGUGAAUGUGAUGCAGGAUAUCGACUUCAUACCGAUGGACGCACCUGCAUAAGGAUUGACCCCUGUGCAACCGGAAAUGGCGGUUGCCUACAUAUCUGCCGAAAUGAAAGCGGAGUUGCAAAGUGUGAAUGCUAUUCUGGAUAUCACCUUUCUGCAGAUGGGAAGUCUUGUGCAGAUGUUGAUGAAUGUGCCGAGGGGACAGCCAAGUGUACUCAUCGCUGUGCGAACACUCUGGGAUCCUUUGCCUGCAUUUGCAAUCCUGGCUUUGAGCUUGGGGCGAAUGGAAGGCAAUGUUACCGCAUCGAAAUGGAAAUCGUCAGUAGCUGUGAAGGCAACAAUGGCGGUUGUUCUCAUCGCUGUGAACAUUCAACCAAUGGGCCACUGUGUUCUUGUAACCAAGGAUACAUUUUGGAUUCGGAUGGGAAGACAUGCACAGACUUGGAUGAGUGUGAGACGGGAGAUGCCUGCUGUUCACAGUUCUGCGUCAACUACAUCGGAGGCUACGAAUGCAGCUGCAAGGCCGGAUUCCGGCUUAACCUUGAUGGCUGCGGGUGUGAUGAUGCAGACGAAUGCCUCACUGACACCCAUGGUUGUGACCAGCGCUGCAUCAAUUCCUUGGGUUCCUAUGAAUGUGUGUGUGAGGAGGGGUACCGACUGGGCAUUGACAGACACUCUUGCAUUGCAUCUCUACACUUAUUACUAGAUGGUGAGGAGUUAGAAGAGGAAGAGCUGGAGGAGGCCAACAUUCCCUACCUUCGCUUCAGGAAACUGCCUCAGCUCCUUCAUUUCAGUACAUCACUCGAUUCCUUCUAUGAGGAUCAGGAGCAAGAUGUCCGCGGAGAACUUUCUCUUGAGCAUACAACCGUUUGCCUGGAUAGCACAUUUGGCAGUGACUGCAGCUUAAACUGUUCUGAUUGUAUGAAUGGAGGAAAAUGCAACAGCGAAAACAGCAGCUGUGACUGCCCACCUGGCUGGACUGGCAUUAUCUGUAAUGAAACCUGCUCCGCUGGGACCUACGGGAAAGAUUGUAGCAGCCUCUGCAAGUGUCAGAAUGGAGGUUCCUGUGACCCUGCGACUGGGGAGUGUCGUUGCCCACCAGGAAUUAAUGGAGAGUUUUGUGAAGAUGGUUGUCCCAAAGGACUUUAUGGGAAGCACUGCAACAAGAAAUGUCAUUGUGCUCACAGUGGAUAUUGUCACAGACUGUAUGGAGCUUGUUUGUGUGACCCUGGGUUGUACGGUCGCUUUUGUCAUCUAACUUGUCCCAAAUGGGUCUUUGGAGUAGGAUGCUCAGAAGAAUGCCGGUGCUUAAAAGAGAACACUUUGGAUUGCAAUCCCAGGAAUGGUUCUUGCAUCUGUAAACCAGGUUAUGAGGGAAGCAAGUGUCAGAAAGCGUGUCCUCCUGGUUACCAUGGAAAAAACUGCUUGCUGCAGUGCAGCUGCAAUAGUGAUGCUCCGUGUGACCCCAUCACGGGUGAAUGCAUAUGUCCCCCGGGCUGGAUCGGCCGUGACUGCAAGCAGUGUUGCCCCAGGGGGACGUUCGGCCCCAGCUGUAAGUCCAGCUGUCGAUGCCAGAACGGAGCUGCCUGUGACCCCGUGAGCGGAGCCUGCGAUUGUGCAGCCGGCUGGACAGGGAUCUUUUGUGAGAAAGCUUGUCCAGAUGGCUUUUUCGGGCUCGAGUGUCACCAGGUGUGCGACUGUAAGAAUGCGGCUGCCUGCGAUCACAUCUGUGGAAUGUGCCAUUGCCUCCCUGGCUGGAUGGGGCCCAAGUGUGACCAACCUUGUUUGCCUGGCUUUUAUGGUAGGAACUGCACUGAGCAUUGCAAAUGCCCUCCUGGCACCCCUUGUAACCACGUGACCGGAGAGUGUGGCUGCCCUCCGGGUUUUGUGGGCAGUGGCUGUGAAAGAACUUGUCUGCCAGGCACAUACGGGGAGAACUGUAACCAAGUAUGUCAGUGUUCUGGCAAGAAUGAAGAGUGCCACCACGUCACGGGCCAGUGUGGCUGCUUGCCAGGGUACUACGGAAUCCGCUGCGACCUCAGAUGCCCAGAAGGUACCUACGGUCCAUACUGCAGGACAUCAUGCAAAUGUCUGAAUGGAGGGCGUUGUGAUCCUGUAACCGGAGCUUGCAGUUGUCCUCCUGGCUUCAUCGGAGCUGACUGUGGUCAAACUUGUCCAGAGCAUCACUAUGGGCAGGAUUGCACCUCGUUCUGUUCCUGUGUUAAGGGACACUGUGACCCAGUGACUGGCAAGUGCUACUGUCCUCCUGGCCGAAUUGGACCAAGUUGCAUUCAAGUGUGUCCCCAGGGAAGAUAUGGCCCUUACUGUCAGCUAAAAUGUCUGUGUCAGAAUGGUGGUGCCUGUGAUCCUGUGAACGGGACGUGUACCUGUGGACUUGGCUGGACAGGAAAAUAUUGUGAGAAAGAAUGUACUCCUGGAAAAUAUGGUUCUGGUUGUCAGCUAGAUUGCUCUUGCCAGAAUAAUGGAACCUGUGACAGGUUUACAGGCUGUUGUCAUUGCCCAGAAGGUUAUUAUGGACAUUCCUGUGAACAUACCUGCCCUUCUGGAUUUUAUGGUCUCAAAUGCCUGUAUCCGUGCCAUUGCAAAAAUGGAGCUACCUGUCUUCCAACCACAGGGCAGUGCCUUUGUCUUCCUGGCUUCUAUGGACUACAGUGUGAAAAGGGUUGUGCCAUUGGGUGGUUUGGGGAUAAAUGUCAACACCGGUGUGACUGUGAAGGAUCAGCUCAGUGUGAGCCGGUGACCGGGAAGUGCCUUUGCCUGCCUGGCAGGACUGGGGACCGAUGUGAAAUAGAAUGCAGGCCGAACAGAUAUGGCCCCAACUGUUCUCAGCAGUGCCAGUGUGCCAAUAAAUCCCAGUGCGAUGCUCGCAGUGGGAGAUGCGCUUGUCUCCACAAGUGGAUGGGACCGACUUGUGAAGAAGGUGGCCCUCCGAAGCUUCCGUUUCUGUGA